CUCUGGAAAACAGUUUGGCAAUUUCUUAAAAAACAAAACACACAGCUACCAUGCCACCCGGCAAUUGCAUGCCUGGGCAUUUAGCCCAGAGAAAUGAAGACUUAUGUUGACACAAAAACCUGUACACAAAUGUUUGUAGCAGCUUUAUUUGUAAUAGUCAAAAACUGGAGAUAACCCACAAGUCCUUCAACAGUUGGUUAAACAAACUGACAUAUCCCCAUCAGGGAAUACGACUAAGAGAUACAAAGAAAUGAACUGUGAGUAACUGCAACAAUCCAGAUGAAUCUCCAGUUUUGCUGAGUGGAAAGGAGCAAAUCCAAAAAGGUCACAUACUGUACGAUCUCACUUAUGUAACAUUCUUGAAAUGGCAACAUUACAGACGUGGAGAACAGAUGCGUGGUUGCCCAGAAUUAAAGAGGUGGUAGUGGUGGGAAGGAAGUCUAUGGGGCUGUCAAAGAGGAAGACAAAGGAUCCUGUGGUGAUGGAAAUGUCCUGUAUCUUGACUGUGUCAAUGCUACUAUCCUAAUUAUGGUAUUGUACUAUAGUUUAGAGAAAUAGUACCAUUGGGGGAACCACGUAAAAGGUUGAUGUAAUUUCUCUAGGUUGUUUCUUACAACUUCCUGUGAAUCUACAGUUAUCUCAAAGUAAAUAGAUUAAUUUUAAAAACUCAAAAGAUGGAGGCAAAACCAGGGAAACAGAUAUGUCAGUUUGUCAGUUAUGGCAUGCGCCUUAGAACCCUGACGUCAUAAUGGCCACAGAUCUUGACAACACCAGAAUCCUCAGGCUCCAGGGCCUAGUUUACAGUGCUCUGCUAAGUGCUGUAGACGUGCUCGAUAGUCAGUGCCAAGAAUUGAAGAAAACGGGAUGUUUUCGUCAAUCAAAAAGCGUUUUGAGCUUUCAGGUGGUCCUUCAAGGCUUCACCUCAGCAGGGAAAGCGCUUCUGUUGAGGUGGACACCCACAGUGAAAAUGCUACGUCAUCUGAGAGUGCCGGAUGAUCACACCCUGCUGAUCCACGGCCCCGUGGAACUCAAGAGAGGCUGGAGGAGGCAGAAGCGGCACCUCUUCUUGCUCAGCGAUCUGUUGCUGAUAACUAACACCAAUUACAAAAAAAACUUUAAGAUAGAAAAUAAAGUACCCCUGAACACCAUAUGGAUUGCCAACUGUUUGGACAAAUUCGGAGAAGCCGACACCUGUGCCAAGAGGUCCUUUGUCUUGGGCUGGCCCACGGUGAACUUUGUGGCCACCUUCAGUUCUUCAGAACUAAAGGAAAAAUGGCACUCUUCCCUUCAAAGGUGCAUCAAUCUAGCCAAAGAGGAGGACCAGCCGAAAAGCAUUCCCCUCAAAAUCAUCACUGAGGACAUUAAGAACUGUGUCUGUUCUGUAACUGUAACAGUGACAAAUUCGGAUACAGUGAAUAACAUUAUCAACAUGUCACUACCAAUGCUUGGAAUAACUGGCUCUGAGAAAGAUUACCAGCUGUGGGUCAGUUUCGGCAAGAAAGAGGCCCCAUGCCCACUCACUGGACAUGAGCAUCCCUACGGAAUUAAAAUGAGCCAUCUUCCAGCCACUGGGCUCCUGCCACAGGGACCAGAGGACUCCACCUUCCAGGAGUCCCCAGGCACGCAAGGCCAAUUCAUCUUGAAGCCGAGGCACCCAGCCAGGAACCAGCAGAGGAAAGGUGAGCCCCUCCCCUCUGGCAAGCGCCUUCUCUCGGCUCAUGUCUCCACUUCUCAAACGCAUGACACAGAGCUGAUUUUCCAUGUGUGGGUGGAGGGCCCGUAUGGACAGGAACCCAGUACCCGCCCAGAAUCAAGCUUAGGGAAACUCCAAGGGUCUGAAAUCAAGACCCAGCUCAAUUCUAGGAAGGUUUUUUUUUUUUCUUUUUCAAUUCUUCUAGGUAGACAGUUGCUCCCUUCUCUGUAUCCCCAGAGCACUGUUGCCAUAUAGUUCUGUGUCUGCACAUCCAUGUGUCUUCUCAGAGCGUGUGCUUCUACAACCUGAGAACGUGCCUUCCCGAUCUCAGGGUUUUGUCCAGUAUCUCAGUAUGUCACGGGAGGGGACCAAAUGACCACAUGGCUUAGACACACCUGGAAUAAAAAACUCCAGUGGAGCGAAGAGUUAUGGAAUUGAACUGGACUCUCUUCUGGGCUUCGGCUGAAGUGGCCUUGGGAUUCCAGAGAGAACUGGACUCUCAAGUCUGUUCCCACAGCAAGCUCGCUUUCCACGUCUGCUUCAGACCCAGGGCGAGACCAAAACUAGACUGAAUGUUUAUGGUCAGGGCUUUUUUAGCUUCCUUCUUGUCAUUUUUUUCCCCUACCAUUCCAAUAUUCUCCCAUUGAUAUUUCUUUCUCUGAAGAAGACAUUUUAUUUAUUUGGGAAGUAUUUGAGCCAGAAUAGAAUUUCUACUUAAAAGUAUUUUUAUUAUGAUUGUUAUUCUAUAAGGAUAAAGUUUCAAAACAUUUAUUUUUUAAUACACACACCCUAAUUUGAGCAUGAGGAAACACUAACCUAAAUCUUGCCAGGACUGUUUAAAACUAGCUAGGUUUUAGGGGCCAGCCCGGUGGUGUAGUGGUUAA